AUGUUCACCGUCGUCGCCCGCGCGCACAUCGCCCCCGUCACCAAGGCCUCCGCCAAGCACACCAAGGCGCACGCCAAGGCGGCCGCCAAGCCGGCGAUCGCGAAGGCGUUCGACCGCGUCAAGCUCCCGGCGCUGACGCUCGCGAUGCAAGCGGCUUCGAUGGUCCCCGCCGCGCACGCCGAGGCCGGGAAGCUCUUCGACUUCGACUUGACCCUUCCGAUCAUCGCCACCGAGUUCUUGCUCCUGAUGACGAUCCUCGACAAGACGGUGUUCGGCCCGGUCGGGAAGGCGCUCGACGAUCGCGACGAGUUGAUCCGAUCGCAGCUCGCCGCGGUGGGGGAUAACUCCACCGAGGUCGAUAACCUCAUCGCGCAAAAGGAGCAAAUCAUCGCGGACGCCCGCUCGGAAGUCGCGGCGGAAAUCGCGGCGAUGAAGAAGAAGAUGGAUGCCGACGUCGCCGCCGCGGCGGACAAGGCCAAGGCGGAGGUCGACCAGCAAAUCGCGACCGCGAUGGCCUCUUUGGAGGAAGCGAGGAAGUCCUCGCAAUCGCAAGUUGACGCGCAAGCGACUGCGAUCGCGGAUCAAAUUAUCCAAAAGGUUGUGAGCGUCUAA